AUGGCGAAAGAUAAAAAUGAGAUGUCGAGUAACUCUACAACAAACGUAGAAACACUAGAUACACAUACAAAAGAAGCCUUGGAACUGCUUUUCGUAAAAGAACAAGAAACAUACGAUGAAUUUCUUGCUGGAUUUUCGCAUUUAAAUAGAGAGCCAAUUUCUUCAUCUAUCCAGCAUCUAAUUAAUGGACAUGCAAAUGAUGCAAUUAAUAGUGACAGCAGUGAUGUGACAGAAUAUGAUGUUGAUUUACCACAUGAGUUGUUAGAUGCUAGUGAUUAUAUGGAAUCCAAUAUUCAAAGACCUUAUCGGUCAAAUUUAAUGAUGGAUAAUUUUGUUGAAGAUGAACAGUUUUUGCUAGGAUUUGGUGAUGACACUGUUUACAAACCUUCAAUUCUCGAGCAAUCAUUUCAGCAAAUAGAGUAUGAAAAGUCUCAAUCAUCUACAUGUGAAAUGGUUACAAAUAUGAAUGUCAUAGAUGAAAUAGAUGUAAGUUUGAAAGAAAGAAUUACUCUUCCUGGAGAAACUGAAAUAUAUGACUCAAAAAAUGCUGAGACAAAAUUACGAUAUCUGGAUAUUUCUACUAAGCGUGAUAUAAAAAAUGAGAAUUUAAGUAAAGAUGUGUUACAAGAAUAUCCCAAAGAUGGACAAGUUAUGUCAAAUGGACGUUGUGAGGUUGUUCCUUUCUCAAUGGAUGAUAACUUUGACUAUGAUAACAUAAUAUUGCGAACGAAAUUUGAAGUAGAAAAGUAAUUUAUAUAUUCGUAUACGUGUAAUUGAACACUUGAACACAUGCAUGCAUAUAUAUAAUAUGGUUAUAUUUCAUAUAUUCGGGAUAAAAGAUGAGAAUUUGCUAAAUCUACGUGAAAUAUAAUGCUUAUAUGCAGAAUCUAAUUGUAGUAUAAUAGUUUGUAAUUGUAAAAGUCAUGUGAAACGUUAGAGGAGUUUUACAGAUU